AUAUAUAUUGCAUGUAAUUAAAUUACUAUAAUCUUUUUGCAUUUUGGUUUUUGUUCUAGUCUUCCACUUCCACCAGGGAAAGAAGUUAAAGCACCUUGCUAAGUAGAAGGAUAGAUAAUUAAGAGGUGUGGUAAUUUCUGGCUUUGUAGGAUGAUGUAUUUUUCAAAGGGUUGUAAGUGUGAAAUUGUUCUCUGCUUUCUGUUCUGUUUCUGUUUUCUAUUGGCUAUUGGUCAGAGAACUCACCCAAAUGAAGUUGACACAUUGAGAAUCAUAAGGAAAAGUUUGAUUGAUAUUAAUGGAAACUUGAGUACUUGGAAUCAUGGAGACCCAUGUACAUCCAAGUGGACAGGGGUUAUGUGCUCUAAUUCAACAUUAGUGGAUGGCUUUCUACAUGUUCAAAGAUUGCAUCUAAUGAAUAUGAGCUUGUCUGGAACUUUGGCACCUGAGAUUGGCAACUUAUCUCAUCUUAAAAUAUUGGACUUUAUGUGGAACAACAUAAGUGGGAGUAUUCCAAAGGAAAUUGGCAACAUCAAAACUUUAAAACUCUUGCUAUUGAAUGGAAAUCAACUAAUAGGUCAUUUACCAGAAGAGCUUGGCUAUCUACCAGUUCUGAACAGAAUACAAAUUGAUCAGAACAAUAUUACAGGACCAAUACCUUUAUCUUUUGCAAACCUUACAAAGGCACAACACUUUCACAUGAACAAUAAUUCACUUAGUGGACAAAUUCCAUCACAGCUUUCUGGCUUAAGAAACCUUAUUCACCUUCUUCUUGACAACAAUAAUUUAUCAGGAUACCUCCCAGAUGAGCUUGCUGAGAUGCCAAGCCUAAAGUUACUUCAACUUGAUAACAACAACUUUGGUGGAAAUAGCAUUCCAGAUUCUUAUGGCAACAUGUCAAAAUUAUUAAAAUUGAGUCUUAGGAACUGCAAUUUGACAGGACCAAUUCCUGAUUUAAGCAGGAUACCACACCUUGGUUAUCUUGACCUCAGUUUCAAUCAGUUGAAUGAAUCAAUUCCUACGAAUAAGCUAUCUGAAAAUAUCACAACCAUUGAUUUAUCAAAUAAUAAGCUUAAUGGAACUAUUCCAUCUAACUUUUCUGGCCUUCCACGUCUUCAGAAAUUGUCAAUUGCAAACAAUGCACUGAAUGGCAAUGUUCCCUCUUCCAUUUGGCAGAACAAGGCUUUAAAUGGAACAGAAAAACUUCUCUUGGACAUGCAAAAUAAUCAACUUACAAACAUAUCAGGAAGUACAACAAAUCUUCCUCCAAAUGUCACACUCAUGCUUGAGGGGAAUCCUUUAUGCUCAAAUAACAACAACACCUUAAUUCAAUUCUGUGGAUCUGAAAGUGAAAAUGAUAUGAAUGGUAACUCAAAUGUUAGCUGUCCAAGUCAACCAUGCCCUCCUCCAUAUGAAUACUCUAUAGAGUGUUCCUGUGCAGUGCCAUUACUCGUUUAUUAUCGGUUAAAAAGUCCCGGAUUCUCGGACUUCCAUACAUAUGUGGAAGUAUUUGAAAGCUUCCUAACAGAUGGUCUUGACAUACAUAGAAAUCAGCUAUUCAUUAAUAGUUUUACGUGGGAAGAUAGUCGAUUGCGAAUGCAUUUGAAGCUUUUUCCUGUGUAUGUUAAUGAUACAAGCUCUCAUACUUUCAAUGAAAGCGAGGUUAUUCGGCUAAGAGACUUGUUCAGAGAAUGGGACAUUCAUGAGAGUGACUUGUUUGGACCUUAUGAGCUUUUAGACUUUGUUCUCCUUGAUCCUUACAAAGAUGUGAGUGUGACCUCUUCAAGUUCAGGAAUAAGCAAAGGUGCAGUGGCUGGAAUUGUCUUAGGUGCAAUUGCUUGUUCAGUUACAUUAUCAGCAAUUGUUGCCAUUCUUAUAUUGAGAAUACGUUUGAAAGAUUAUCGUACAUUUUCCAAACGGCGUAAAGCUUCUAUGAUCUCAAUAAAAAUUGAUGGUGUAAGAUCAUUCAAGUAUGAAGAAAUGACUUUAGCUACAAACAACUUUAGCCAAUCUGCACAAGUUGGACAAGGUGGUUAUGGAAAAGUUUAUAAAGGUAAUCUUCCUGAUGGAACUGUUGUUGCCAUAAAACGUGCACAACAAGGUUCACUGCAAGGUGAAAAGGAGUUUCUUACAGAAAUACAAUUGCUAUCAAGGUUACAUCAUCGCAACCUUGUGUCUCUCAUAGGAUACUGUGAUGAAGAUGGUGAACAGAUGUUGGUUUAUGAAUAUAUGCCAAAUGGAACAUUAAAGGAUCACAUUUCUGCACAUUCUAAAGAACCUCUUAGUUUUAGCAUGAGAUUGAAGAUUGCUUUAGGGUCAGCUAAAGGUCUAGUGUAUCUACACACAGAGGCUGAUCCUCCAAUAUUCCACAGAGAUGUUAAGGCAAGUAACAUAUUAUUAGACUCAAAGUUCAUAGCAAAAGUUGCUGAUUUUGGACUUUCAAGACUAGCUCCAGUUCCUGAUGUUGAAGGCAAUUUGCCUGCUCAUGUAUCUACAGUUGUAAAAGGGACCCCGGGUUACCUUGAUCCAGAGUAUUUCUUAACUCACAAGUUAAGUGAUAAGAGUGAUGUUUAUAGUCUUGGUGUUGUAUUUCUUGAAGUUGUCACUGGAAAACCACCAAUCUUCCAUGGUGAAAAUAUUAUUAGACAGGUUAAACUAGCAUUCGAAUCAGGUGGAAUAUUCUCAAUUGUCGAUAAUCGAAUGGGAUUUUACUCUUCUGAGUGUGUAGAAAAGUUUUUGACAUUGGCUUUAAAGUGUUGCAAAGAUGUACCAGAUGAAAGACCUAAAAUGGAAGAAGUGGCUAGAGAACUUGAAAACAUACUGUCUAUGAUGCCUGAGUACCAUGCAAACAAGGGACAUGAAUAUGACAAAAGUGAUUCUGGAAUAACAUUUAGCUCACAACCUUCAUCAUCUAAUACAAAGAUUUCUUUUAUUUCAGAUAAUUUGUUGGGUAGUGACCUUGUUAGUGGAGAUAUACCUAUCAUUAGACCAAGAUAGAUGCUGAAAAAAUAUAUGUUUUUGUUGUAAAUAUAGUUGAUAAUUUGAGAAUAACAUUGCUUGUAAAUUGAAUAGUGAAGCUAUUUAUUGUUAAUUUUUCAUUAUA